GCACUUUUAUGCAUUCUCUUUUAGAUGCACUUUUAAAGACGGCAAAUUAAAAUUAAACCCAGCCAUGAACCGGGCGAUGAAUAAAUCAUCAAGGCUAAAGUCGGCCAUUCAAGUUUUUGUUGGGGGCCACAUUGUAGCAGCUAGUAUGGCGACAUAUUGGGGGAAUGACGCCUGGUACAGAAAUGUAAUUAUGCCAAUCAUACAUGCUACAAUGGAUGGAGAAAAAGCUCACAAAACUGCCAUCUGGUUUGCAAAACAUGGUUUAGUACCCAGAGUUAAGGUAGUUGACCAUCCUGAAUUGAAAAGCAAUCUCUGGGGCAUGGAAUUCACUAAUCCCAUUGGUCUGGCCGCCGGAUUUGACAAAGAUGGCGAGGCAGUCGAUGGCCUGCUCAAAAUGGGAUUUGGAUUUGUCGAGGUGGGAUCGGUAACGCCAGAACCGCAGCCUGGAAAUCCCCAGCCUCGUGUUUUUCGGCUGAAAGAGGAUUCUGCUAUUAUUAAUAGAUAUGGCUUCAACAGUUCUGGCCAUAAUUCAGUUCUUGAAAAUUUAAAAAAAUCCAGGACGAAAUCAAAUGGUAUAGUUGGAAUAAACCUAGGGAAGAACAAAAUGACAGAAGACGAAUCAGAUGAUUACAUCAAAGGUAUCGUGAAAUUUUCUCAGCGGGGCCAAUCAGAGGAGGGCCCACCAGAGAAGAGUUUGCAGGGUCCAGCGGAUUAUUUGGUGGUCAAUAUCUCAAGUCCCAACACACCCGGUUUGAGAUCGCUGCAGGGAAAGGCAAAGUUGGAAAAGUUGUUACAAAAGAUAGUUGAUUGUAGAAACAGUUUACCGGCAGAUAGCAGACGGCCAUUGUUAGUUAAGUUGUCACCAGAUCUUACAGCUGACGAUAUGAAAGACGUUGCUGAGGUUGUCCUGAAACCUAAAUUUGGAGUCGAUGGCCUAAUCAUAAGCAACACAACUGUCGACAGGUCGAUGAAACUUCUCUCGUCCAAUAGGAUCGAAGUGGGCGGUCUUAGUGGCGAGCCAUUGAAAGAUAUUUCGACCAAUGCCAUUAAGCGAAUGUAUUUGCUUACCUCUGGUAAACUGCCGAUCAUAGGUGUGGGCGGAGUCAGUUCUGGCGAAGACGCCUACAAAAAGAUAAGGGCCGGUGCCUCCCUGGUUCAAAUCUACUCUGCCCUGGCGCUUCAGGGUCCAUCCAUUGUGGCCAGGAUUAAUAAUGAGUUGUCGGAAAUUUUAAAAAAAGAAGGAGUAACGAAUGUUGCUGAUGUGAUUGGGAUCGACGCUAGGAAAUUGUCCUAAUCUCACUCGAUGACGUUUUUCACUGUAAUUUGGUCAUUAAUUCAUUAAUGUCAUUGUUGUUAUCAUUAUUGUUAUUUCUUUUCUUAUCAUCAUUGUUGUCAUCCUAUUCAAAGAUUCGAUCACUGACUGACUGUUAUUUAUUUACGUUUAAUUUUAAAACUUGUUUUUUGUUUUGUUGCAGAAAUUUGAUUGUAGAUUUGUUAUAAUUAGGAAAAUUUUGGUUUGCCAGGUGCCCAGUGUUUGUUUUUUCCUUUAUAUUGUUAUGUUUGUGAUCUUUUAUUGGGGGUCUGUUUGUUUAACAUGUUUAAAAAGAGUCAAACGUA